UUUAGUCAGUGAUGUAUACUUAGUUAUAUAACUAGAAUGUUCUACAUAGAUGUCAUCAAUGUUUUUUAUUACACUGUUUGUUAAAGGAGGCUCUGACUCACUCUUCAUUUUCGUUCGCUAUUUAAAUGUGUUUAUGUAACAAAACUUACAUGGAUGAAAGAUUGAUGUAAGAAUAAGCUACCGGUGAUGAUAUGGCGUUCUUCUUCAAGUCAGAAAAGGAAGUAAACAUUUUUAUGUUGGGGAAAUUGAUUGUUUAUCAUGGUGGUGAAGCUUUGAGAAUAACCUUGAGAAAACAAAUGUCAGAUCCUCCAAGACUACCUGAUGAAAAUGAUUUUGACAUUACUCUACUUUGUGUCCUUUUGCGCACUAUUUGCAAUUUAAAACAACCGAAUAAUCCUAUCUGGACAAACAAACCUAAUGCCACCGAUCAUUCAACCGAAGCCGAUAUUACCCGUAUCAGGUUAUAUCGUAAUGAGUGUUAUGCUCACAUACCUAACACAUCAUUUAGCUUAGGUGACUUUGAGACUUUGUGGAAGGAAGUUUGCCAACCAAUAGUUCGUUUAGGAAUAAGUCAGGAAAAAAUAGAUCAAUUAAACCAGGAAAGAACUCAGUCGAUCGAACGUAUAAUUCGUAGGCCUGGCAGUAUAAUACUAAGCGCCGGUUUUGUAUUUGGAACCGAUAUUUUGACCAAAAACCUUGUAAGUUGUACUUUUGAGAGUGACAUUAGUAAUCAAUAUAAAACAUUUUUACAUGGAACACGGGAAUGGGUUUUUGAUGAGUUUUUGGCUUGGUUUGAAGACAAUACUUCUCAAAAUCGUGCAUUUGUUAUUUCUGCUGUUGCUGGAAUGGGUAAGUCUGCAAUUGCAGCAACUUUAUGUAAACGUUAUCCAAGCUAUUUCGCCGCAGUUCAUUUCUUUCAACACAAUGACAGUCGUUUCAAUGAUGCCAAUGUACUUCUUCAAUCUUUAGCUAGGCAAAUUGCUCGUAACUUUCCUGCUUACAAAAAUCUUUUAGAGGUGAAACUUAAUAAUGUCUCAGAGCCUCUGCGUGACAUGAAUGUUGAAAGACUAUUUUCCUUUCUUUUUACUGAGUUGUUUGAAAAAAUCAAGAAAUUUCCUAAGCGGACUUUAAUUAUGCUGGAUGCGCUAGAUGAAUGUGAUUAUCCAGAAAGCCUUCUCCUGGCUGAUUUGUUAGAUAAUCAUUUGUUCAAACUUCCGCCUUGUUUCUACUUUGUAAUCACAACAAGACCUAACAAAGAUUGUCAUAUCAUAUUUGAAAAACUAAAUCCGCUCUUCAUCAAUUUCAGUGAUGAUGAUAACUUGAAUGAUGUAAAAUUACUAAUUGAUGAAAGAAUUGGUCCCUCUAACAGAGUUUUGCAUCUUAAGGAAAAUUUGCUAGAAAAGUCUGACGGACUUAUGUUGCUUGCAUCGCUUCUCUCCAGUAAAAUUAAAAAUCAGGAUUCGUUCAAUGGAUACAUACCAAAGGAUCUCAAUGAAUAUUACGAAAUUUCCUUAAAAAGAAUAAGUGACGAAUUAAAUUCAUUUCAAAUCAGUAAAGAAAAAUUUCAGUCACUUUUAAAUGCAUUAGCAGUUGCUAAAGAACCCCUUCCUUGGGAAGUAGUUGAGGACAUACUUGAUUUCAAUUGCCUUUCAUCUGUGGUUAGAGAAAUUAUGUUGUGCCUUUUUACUACCAAUGAAGAAGGACAUGUGUCGUUUUUCCACAAAUCUUUAUCUGAUUGGCUGGCUGGCGAGUGUAAACAUAAUUACUCUGUUAAUACUACUGAUGGUAAUCGAGUUGUUUUAGCGUUUUGUUCAAGAUCUUUAGACAAUCUCAAAGCUGUCGACGUGGACUACAAUAACUUUGUUAAGCGGGCAUCAGUAAUGUAUUCAGUCAAAUAUUGGUUUCUUCAUAUGCUUGCUAUUUGUGAUAAUGAUCAUAUCGUUGAAUAUGUUGGUAAAUAUCUUGUUGACUUAGAUGUUUUACUUGCCUCUGUAUCGAUUGAUAGACAUCGUACUUUGGAAAACUUUCGUCUUAUAAGCUCUCAUAACAUAUACUUUCAUCUUUCUGAGGGCACUCGACUGUUAUUUAAUGACAUUUAUUGUGUUAUUACGAGGAGUUUCUUGAAUUCCAUAAUUUUUUUGCAGUAUGUUGUCAACGAAAUCAAAGAUCUUGCGCCAAAAGCUUCCACAAUGCUUAAAACACGUUUCAGAGAGUCUUCUUAUGUUGAGCGCCUUGAUACGCGUUUUGUAUUAACUCCAUUUUUACGUUUAGCGCGAAACUUGAUUUCAGUAAAUGUAUCGCGACAUUAUGACUAUGUCGUUUGUGGUUAUGAAGGGUUUAUAGUGCAACUUUUUUCUCUGACAACAAACAGGUGUUUAUGGAUAAAAGAUAUAUCCGAUCAGUUAAGUCUAAGUGAAUUGAAAGCAUUUUGCGUUGUCUUUCAUCCUUUCACCGAUCUGAUCUUCGUUUCCCAAUUGGAUAAAGUUCUAAAUGUUGACAGGAAAGUUGUCUCUAGUCCUUUUCAUUGUGAUGAUUCAACUUCUAAGUUCUUUACUAACAGUUGUUUUUCCAAGGAUAGGUACACAAUGGUCACUAGUUACAAAGAUAUUUUGACUGUAUGGGACGUUGAGAAAGGAUAUCAUUAUUAUUUAUUGAAUGAUAACAAUAUACUUUUAUUUGAUUAUGGACAUGCUUCUCAUCUUGUUUUAAUGGCGCGCACAAUUUUGACAAAAUCUUUGGUUCUUGAUAACCAGAUAGUUUGCUCAAAUGGCAACUUUCUAUAUCGGAGAGAUAAAGAAACGUCAUUCGUCAUAGUGAACAAUCUCACUACAGGAGACUUUGUUAACAAGGAACGUAUUGUUAAUGGCAUGGUUGCCGUAGAAAAUGGAGUCAUUUUGCUUGCGGCAAAAGCCAUUCCUGAGCUUUGGAAUAAUGAUUUGACAAAACUUAUUUAUAGUUUCGAUGAACUAAAAGCUCUAAGUAUCACGUGUUUGCGAAAACGAAAGAAAGAAACAAAGAAACUUACUAUUUGUGGCACAAAGAUAAACUAG